GGACAGUGAGUGGCUGCCGGCUGAGUGAGAGAGUCGGCUCUGUGGGAUGAGAGUGCGGGUGGGUUGCAGACAGACGGACACGUCACACACACAUGGAGGUGGAGGGGGCGCUGAAGCUGGUGGGGGAGAUGGGCGUGUAUCAGAUCUACCUCUCCUUCCUAUUGGCUGUGCUGCUGCAGCUUUAUUCUGCAACAGAAGCAAUCCUUAUAACCAUACUUGGGGUGACCCCCCCAUACCACUGGGUGAAUGACAGUUUCGUAGCCAAUGGGAGUCAGAGGAACGAGUAUGGGGGGCAAUUACCUGCAGAGGGACAACAUCAAUAUCUGGUCUUUGAUGGAAACUUCACCUCCAUUGUUUCAGAGUGGUUCCUAGUGGGAGGGGCCGCGUACGAGGUCGGUGUCUCCAGCUCGGUGUAUUUCGGAGGAGUUCUCAUCGGGGUGAUCUGCUUCGGGCAACUGUCGGACCGGUUUGGCAGGAAGCCUGUGUAUGUGACGGGUCUGGCUCUAGAGGUGACGUUUGCGGUGAUGAACGCACUGACCCCCAUAUUCUCUAUGUUUCUGAUCACGAGGUUCCUCGUUGGCGUCAUGAAUGGGGGAAUGUCGCUCGUGGCUUUUGUGUUGCUCAAUGAGUGUAUUGGCUCCUCCUACUGGGCAAUUGCUGGCUCACUGGGUUCGAUGUGCUUUGCUGUGGGCAUUGCCCAGUUUGCCCUGAUUGGCUAUUUUAUCCGCUCCUGGAGGCUCCUGGCUGUGCUGGUGAAUGUACAAGGGGCAGGAGUGCUGGCGCUGUCACUUUGUAUCCCCGAGUCCCCCCGCUGGUUAUACGCUCAGGGGCGUCUGCACGAGGCACAGGAAUCAUUAGUCUCUCUGGGACGUCGGAACCGCAAGAAGUUCACUUCAUUCACACUCCGCCCACGGCAGAAAGACUCCACCCACAGCGCCAACAUCAUCACCAUAUACAGUAAUAGCAUCCUGCGGCAUCGCACACUCGUCAUGAUGUGGGUCUGGUUUGUGUGCAGCCUGGUCUAUUAUGGGCUCACGCUCAGCUCAGGGGACCUGGGAGGGGACAUCUACCUGAAUCUGGCGCUGUCUGGCCUGGCCGAACUCCCCGCGUACCCCCUGUGUAUGUACCUCAUCAACCACAAGAGAGUUGGCCGCCGGAGGUCUCUGGCCGGAUUCCUGUUCCUCGGGGGCGGAUCUUGUCUGCUCAUUAUGUUGGUUCCUGGGAAGGAAGGUUCGGGGCCCCUCUCGGUACUGAACAGCCAGACCCUGUCUCUCCUGGGGAAGCUGAACAUCAGCGCCUCCUUCAACAUUGUCUAUAUUUAUAGCUCGGAGCUGUAUCCCACCUGUGUCAGGAACCUGGGGAUGGGCGUCUGCUCCAUGUUCUCUCGCAUUGGGGGGAUCAUCGCCCCAUUUAUCCCAGCGCUGCGUUCAGUGCACUGGGCCCUCCCAUUCAUUGUGUUUGGUGCUGCGGGUGUCUCGGCCGGGCUCCUCAGCCUCUUCUUACCCGAAACCCUAAAUGUUCCCCUCCCAGAGACCCUGGGGGACCUGCAAGUGACCUCAUACCGACGCCUGGAAACAAAUGGGGAGCUGAUGCUGCACCGUCACGAGGAGCCUGGAGCCUUCACCAAUGGGAGCAGUGAGGAGGAGGAGGAGGAGCUUGAUGUAAUGAUGGAGAGCCAAUCUCUGCUCUGAGCAGCAAGUGGAAUUUGAGGAACAUCCCUGAAACGGCAUCCCAUGGUGCUCUGGGGCAGGGCAUAGUGUAGGCAGUGCCAGGGGAAGACGAGUGUCUGGGGCGGGUCCCAAUGGACAGGGAGGAGCCGGAGUCAUGGCAACGACACAUUGUAUAAGCCAAUGUCUGAUGGAAUAAACCAUUGGAGAUGUGGGGGGGGGGAGCCAGAGAGACUCAGGGGUUCAGUGCAAUAGACAAGAAUUUAUUUGGGCUUUAUAUUGGGGGGCUCCGGGAUUAUAGGGCCCAGGGCACAAGCAAUAUUAAUAGAUCCUGCUGGGCGGGACUUCUGUCUGGUUCUGUGUGUCUGUACUUGUGGGGUUCAGGCACCAGACUUCACUGUCGCACAUCAGGGACCCCCAUAUACUGCAACUGUCACACCUGAACUGGGGGGUCCCACCCACAACACAUGGGGGAUGAGAAUAAUAAAAUACCAAUUUGUAAUA